AUGUUGUCUUCGAGAUUGUCCAGAGCUCUUCCCAGAGCUACCUCUUCCGCCACACGUUCGAUCCGUGCACCAUUGAGCUCAUCCUUUGUGCGCAGAUAUGCAGAUGAGGCUGAUAAAAAGAUUCGGGGACCAGUCAUUGGUAUUGACUUGGGAACUACCAACUCGGCCGUCGCUAUCAUGGAAGGCACUACAGCCAAGAUUAUCGAGAACUCUGAAGGUGCACGAACAACACCCUCUGUAGUAGCGUUCGCACAAGAUGGUGAGAGAUUAGUAGGUGUCUCAGCGAAGCGUCAAGCUGUCGUCAAUCCGGAGAACACACUCUUCGCUACCAAGCGGUUGAUUGGCCGAAAGUUCACAGAUGUCGAGGUUCAACGCGAUAUCAAGGAGGUCCCGUACAAGAUCGUUCAACACACAAACGGUGAUGCCUGGGUAUCGGCGAGAGGAGAUAAGUAUUCGCCUUCCCAAAUCGGAGGUUUCGUCUUGCAAAAGAUGAAAGAGACCGCCGAGGCGUACCUCACUAAGCCUAUUCAAAACGCCGUUGUCACUGUCCCAGCCUACUUCAACGACUCCCAACGACAAGCUACCAAGGAUGCCGGUCAAAUCGCUGGCCUCAACGUUCUCCGUGUGGUUAACGAGCCAACUGCUGCUGCUCUUGCCUAUGGUCUUGAGAAGGAUGAGGACAAGAUUAUUGCUGUAUACGAUUUGGGUGGAGGCACAUUCGAUAUCUCUGUUCUCGAGAUCCAAAAGGGCGUCUUUGAGGUCAAGUCAACCAAUGGUGAUACCCAUCUGGGAGGAGAAGAUUUCGAUAUUCACUUGGUCCGCCACUUGGUCCAGCAAUUUAAGAAGGACUCUGGCAUCGAUAUCUCUGGCGACCGUAUGGCCAUCCAGCGGAUUCGUGAAGCCGCUGAGAAGGCUAAGAUUGAGCUGUCUUCUUCCAUGCAAACCGACAUCAAUCUUCCCUUCAUUACCGCCGAUUCUUCCGGACCUAAACACAUCAACCAAAAGCUUUCCCGCUCGCAGCUUGAGAAGCUGGUUGAUCCCCUCAUUAGCCGCACCGUUGAGCCAGUCCGCAAGGCUUUGAAGGAUGCCAAUCUCCAAGCCAAGGACAUUCAGGAGGUCAUCUUGGUUGGUGGAAUGACCCGUAUGCCCAAGGUUGCUGAGUCCGUCAAGAGCAUCUUUGGCCGUGACCCUGCCAAGUCUGUUAACCCAGAUGAGGCUGUUGCUAUGGGCGCUGCGAUUCAGGGUGGUGUCCUUGCUGGUAACGUUACCGAUGUCCUUCUCUUGGAUGUAACUCCUCUCUCCCUUGGUAUUGAGACCCUCGGAGGUGUCUUCACUCGUUUGAUUAACCGAAACACCACCAUCCCCACUAAGAAGUCUCAAGUGUUCUCCACUGCCGCCGAUUUCCAGACUGCCGUUGAGAUCAAGGUCUACCAAGGAGAGCGUGAGCUUGUCCGUGACAACAAGAUGCUCGGCAACUUCCAACUAACCGGUAUCCCACCUGCGCACCGUGGUGUUCCCCAAGUUGAGGUCACCUUUGACAUUGAUGCCGACGCGAUUGUCCACGUCCAUGCCAAGGAUAAGUCUACCAACAAGGACCAAUCGAUCACUAUCGCCUCCGGAUCCGGUCUCUCCGACGACGAGAUCCAAAGCAUGGUCAACGACUCAGAAAAGUACGCCGAGUCUGAUAAAGAGCGCAAAAAUGCCAUUGAGGCCGCCAACCGUUCCGAUAGUGUCCUGAACGAUACCGAGAAGGCCUUGAACGAGUUCGCCGAGAAGCUCGACAAGACCGAGGUUGACCAAAUUCGUGAGAAGAUUACUACUCUCCGCGAGUUCGUCAGCAAGUCUCAAUCUGGUGAGGGUAGUGCCACCGCCGCCGAGAUCAAGGAGAAGACCGAUGAGCUUCAAAUGGCCAGCUUGAAUCUCUUCGACAAGAUGCACAAGGCCCGUAACGAGUCCGGAGAGGCCCCCCCGUCUGGCGAGAACCCCACCGAGGGCGAGACCAAGGAUGGCGAGAAGAAGCAAUAG